AUGUACGAAUCAGUAGAGCCACCUCCGCUCGCAAUUGAGAUCCUCACCGACCCAAAAGAAAAGAAGGACGCCCUCAAACUCAUCGUCGACAGCGUCGCACAACAGCGCCAAUCAGCCUCGCGCGCACUCAUCUUUCACCCCAUCUCCCUCUCCAUCUUCACAGCGUGUCUCGCAAUUGUGCACUAUGGCGCCAACAUCGGCAACGACAUAAGCAUCAUGCUCAUCAUAUACCCCGGCAUCAUUCUCACCUACCUGGUCGCAAUUCGCUAUUUCACCAGCGCAUAUAUCCACAUCGCUGAAGAAACCAACUGGCUAGACUGGAUGAAGGAGGAUACCAUUAUAGGAGCUCGUUUCGGAGAUGAGAUUAUCGGGGCUGUUAUUCUUCGACUUGACCGCACCGAAAAGAAGGCGAUUAUCCGUGGAUGGACGACGAGGGCGCGGUAUCGUGGUCGCGGUCUUGGAAGUGACGUGCUGAGCGAGACCGUCAAGAUUGCAAAGGGGAUGCUGGGCAAGGAUUGCACCCUUGAGUUUGCGCCCGAUCAUGCGAACAGUUAUAUGCCUUUGUACAGCAUCUUCAACGGGCCAUUUCUGGCGAGGGAAGCGAAAGCGAGGAAAACGUUGAGUGCUGCAUUGAAGGAUUCUGACAAGGGUGGAGAUGGAUCUCGAUAG